CAGCGAUGCCCUUUUUUGGGCAUAACCGGAAGUCGUUGACGGCUUGUGUUUAGUUGCUAAGCUGCGGGACGGUGUUGUGUUGUUGUGUUGUUGUGGUCUCUCCUCCGGCGCACAACACCUGUUUACCAACAAGUCAACAACAACCGGCUUCCCGCUGAAGAGGUACCACGGAUGUACUCUGAGGAUCUGGUCGGAGGUGAAGGACCAAACUACAGGAAUCUAACUCAAAGUUAGCGAAGAGGCUAAUUAGCCUAGCGAGCUAACGCAGUAGCCGCGGACAGUGAGCCAAACUCCUCACCAAGGUCCACAUUCCUCCAGUAUGUGAACUGGAGGACUGGAUGUUGUUGCCAUUAAUCCCGAUCAGCCAAGACGCUAAUGAGAGGGGUCACGUUUAAUACACCUUAAAACAAAGACGCAAGCCCCCCCGCUCUGGCACCAUGGCUGGGGCCCACGCCACCAAGACCUCCUGGAGACUGCAGGAGUUUGUGGCCCACUCCAGUAACGUGUCGUGCUUGGCUCUGGGGAAGAGCUCAGGCCGUCUGCUCGCUACUGGAGGGGAGGACUGCAAGGUCAACAUCUGGGGUGUCAACAAAUCAAACUGUAUUAUGAGUCUCACUGGCCACAACAACCCGGUGGAGUGCAUCCAGUUCAACAGUUCAGAGGAGCAGGUGGCGGCUGGCUCCCAGUCCGGAUCUCUGCGUGUCUGGGACUUGGAGGCCGCCAAAAUCCUGCGUUCUCUCUCGGGACAUAAGGCCAAUAUCACCAGCCUGGACUUCCACCCGUUUGGGGAUUACUUGGCCUCCGGUUCCAUGGACACAAACAUCAAGGUCUGGGAUGUGCGGAGAAAGGGGUGUGUCUUCACGUACAAGAGCCACAGUCAGGCGGUGAGGUAUCUCGCUUUCAGUCCAGACGGCAAAUGGCUGGCGUCCGCUGGGGACGACAGCACUAUUAAGCUGUGGGACGUGACCGCGGGGAAGAUCAUCACAGAGUUCACUGCCCACACGGCCGCAGUCAACAUCAUCCAGUUCCACCCCAACGAGUACCUGCUGGCAUCGGGCAGCUCAGACAGAACCAUCAAGCUGUGGGAUCUGGAGAAGUUCAAGAUGAUCGGCUCGUCCGACGUGGAAACCGGCGCGGUCAGGUGUGUCCUCUUCCACCCCGACGGUGGCUGCCUGUACUCCGGGGCCUCCGACUCGCUGCGGGUCUACGGCUGGGAGCCCGACCGCUGCUUCGACGUGGUGCCCGUGGGCUGGGGCAAGGUGGCCGACAUGGCCAUCUGCAACAACAAGCUGAUCGGCCUGUCCCACCACCAGACCAACGUGUCCUCCUACCUGGUGGACCUGACCAGGGUCAAGAGGUCCGGGGGCGCCGUGGUCCAGCCCACAGAGCCCUCCCCCAAGGGGUCCACCCUGCGCCGCAGCUACGAGCGACCCAUGACCACCUGCAGCGGCCCUCAGAGAGUGAAGCAGAGCUCAGAGUCGGAACGACGCAGCCCCAGCAGUGAAGACGAGAAGGAGGAGAACGAGUCCGCUGCCGAGAUCCGGAACGCCGACGACUACCACGAGAUCUUCCAGCCGAGGAACGCCAUCUCGCGCUCUCCUCCCAAGCCCGGGGACCUGUUCCCUGCCCCUAUGGAAGAUGAGACCUUCAUAGUGAGAGCCAGCUCGGUGAAGGAAGCUAUGACCCCCAUGCCUGAUAAGCAACAGCUAAAGAAGCCCCCCAUCGCCAUGUCGACCCCCGUCCAGAGGGUUGAGCCCACCGUCGUCUCCGCCCCCCCGCGCCCCACCACCACCACCACCACCACGACGACCACACACGCGGCCGCCCGGCCCAUGGCCUCCGACCCAACCCCCCCCGGGCCCCAGCCCCCCCGGGCCCCCCCCCAGGCUACCACGGCCGCCGCCAAGCCCAGAGCCCCGCCCCCCAUCAACAUCAUCCCCUCCUCCAGGAAGGAGCCCAUCGGACUCAACGUGGCGGACUUCAGACCGAACUCGUUCCACAAAGGGCCCGAGGUGCUGGGGGACGAGGAGGCACAGUCCCAGAUCAAGAAGGGCCACGACACCAUGUGUGUGAUGCUGAGCAGCCGGCAGAAGAACCUGGAGGCCGUGAAGGCCGUGUGGGGCAGCGGGGACGUCAAGAACUGCCUGGACAUGGCGGUGGCCAUGAACGACCGCUCCAUCGUGGUGGACCUCCUCAACAUCGUCAACCUCAAACCGGUGCUGUGGAAGCUGGACCUGUGUACGUCCAUCCUCCCCCAGAUUGAAGAGCUGCUGCAAAGCAAAUAUGAGAGUUACGUCCAGACGGGUUGCAUGUCGCUGAAGCUGAUCCUGAAGCGCUUCUGGCCUCUCAUCUCGGAGACGCUGAAGGCCCCGCCCUCUGUGGGCGUCGACAUCACCAGGGAGGAGCGGCUCCAGAAGUGCAAGGCGUGCUUCAAGCAGCUGAAGAACCUGAGCAACGUGGUGAAGACCAAGGCCGACCAGGUGGGUCGCCACGGCAGUGCCUUCAAAGAGCUGCAGCUCCUGCUGGCCCCGUUGGACUACUGACCCCCGCCGGCCUACUGACACUGAUCCCACAAGAAGAAAGAGGAGAACCGGGCCUUAAACCGGCUGCACGCAGCCACGCCUCCCGCAGCCUCGGGGAGCCAAUCACGACGUCUCUAUCGGGCCGGGAGCCGAUGCUAAAUGGACAGUGGUGACCGCGUUUGGAGGCGUCAGAAACGCCUCACUGCUUCACUGUCGUUAUCGAGGCACUAAUGAAUCCUGCCAGUAUAAAUGUGUGUCUGUGUCUGUGUGUCGGGGGCGGGGCUCUGUGGGGCCGGCCAAUCAGAAACGUAUAAGGCCUUGCGUAGUAUAGUGGGGAAAUGGGACACAUCAACGCAACUCGUCAUCGCUCGGACAGCAUGUUUUAAUUUAAACAUGCUGUGGAGUCGUGAGACACACAAGUAAGGGACAGCCGUUCUUCCUGAGACACGUGAUCGCACAAAGCGCUGAAAUCUGGGCACUGACGAGUUGAUGCUUCAAUGUUAUUUAAAACAUCUAUCAGGAUUAUUUUUUACUUGAUGAAACUGUAUAGAAGCGCUCCUUUUAAAUGUAGUUGACAAUGAAGAUUUUAUUUGUUCCUAAUAAAAUGGUAGAACAUG